AUGCAGGCGUACAGAUCUUGUAUCCUUCCAUCAGGGCUGGGUAGAAGUUUUGACUCUACUAUAUCCCUGUCCGCUAUUCAUGCUUGUGCUUUGGGCUAUCUGAACCCAGUUGGCUUUCUUGUUCGGAUGCUUGAAUCGAACUCCUAUCCCGAGGUAAGAAAGAAUAGACGACCUACUAAAGACAGAUCGUCAAAUGGCGACGUAUAUAAAGAAGUGGCCGGUUCCUCCUUGACUUUCACUGUAUCACAAACUGAAUUGCUUUCUCGACUUUCUGUUGCCGAAGCUGAGCUUGUUCUCUCCACUCUUGCUGCUUUCUUUGCUAUUGCUUCUGUUGAAUGGUUGAGGGAUGAAGGGCGAGUACAGUCUCUUGAUCCUCUUUUACUGCUGGUCAAUCUCUCCUUUUCUUCUUUCUGUACCUCCUCGGAUGAGGUCUCGCUUUUUUUAUUCGAUUUCCUGCUUCGAGUGAAAGUGGAACUCACUCUUGGGAAGGAAAAUGAGUUUCACCCAAUGGUAUCCCACCAAUCUCUUCCAUCUUCACCCAUUUGA